CUCAGAGUGGCAUCUCCCGGGGUUAUCACACAGGCCAGAACUUCAGCGAGAACACACCGGCCCGGGCUCUACGUUAGGGCGCCUGUACAAACACCGGAGGGAUUCAAAUCAACUCGUGUCGUUAAUUUCUUUUCUUUUUUCUUACAGCAUUCAUAUUUGCCUGAUGGUGUUAAUAGAAAAACAAGACCUGAGAGGCGAUUACGCACGACACGGGGAGACGGAGGUGGCUGACGUCGGUUAGGCGACGAUCAGACUAUUCGGGUUAUCUCGCUCUGUUUGAGAAGGCGAAGGCUCCCACCGUUGGCCAGGACCCGCGCCUCCUCGGGUGCAUGUCCGAUGAUGGAUUAAUUGCUUUUAAAGGGAUCGACUGAUCUGAGCGGCCCGUUCGCGAGGCACCCCCGCGUGCUUCACCGCGCGAACUACUUAAAUAAACUCACCUCCUGUGGAUUGUACACCAGCCUUUGUGGUUUUUAUUCGGAUUCAAGAUGACAUCGGGAUAUGUGUUAAGGUCACUGCUGAUGCUGUUUCUGGCUCUCUUCUCCGCAAACGCGAGCAACUGGCUGUACUUGGCCAAGCUGUCAUCGGUCGGGAGCAUCUCAGACGAGGAGACCUGUGAGAAGCUGCGUGGACUCAUCCAGAGGCAGGUGCAGAUCUGCAAGCGUAACGUGGAGGUGAUGGAGGCAGUACGCAGGGGAGCCCAGCUGGCCAUCGAUGAGUGUCAGUACCAGUUCCGCAACCGUCGGUGGAAUUGCUCCACGCUGGACACUGUCCCGGUCUUCGGCAAGGUCAUCACGCAAGGCACUAGGGAGGCCGCCUUCGUGUACGCGAUCUCUGCGGCCAGUGUGGCCUUUGCGGUGACCAGGGCCUGCAGCAGUGGUGAGCUGGAGAAGUGUGGCUGUGACCGCAAUGUCCACGGCACCAGUCCCGAGGGCUUCCAGUGGUCAGGCUGCUCUGAUAACAUUGCAUAUGGAGUCGCCUUCUCACAGUCUUUUGUGGACGUCAGGGAGAGAAGCAAAGGCCAGCUGUCCAACCGGGCCCUGAUGAAUCUCCAUAACAACGAAGCAGGAAGGAAGGCGAUUCUGGGCCACAUGCGUGUGGAAUGUAAAUGCCAUGGUGUGUCGGGGUCCUGCGAGGUGAAGACCUGCUGGAAAGCCAUGCCACCUUUCCGCAAAGUGGGAAAUGUCAUAAAAGAGAAGUUUGACGGUGCCACAGAGGUGGAACAGCGGAAAGUUGGAACAACCAAAGUGCUGGUGCCACGGAACUCCCAGUUCAAACCGCACACAGACGAGGACCUGGUUUACCUCGACCCCAGCCCAGACUUCUGCGAACACGACCCCAGGACGCCAGGCAUGCUGGGAACUGUGGGACGCUACUGCAACAAGACCUCAAAGGCCAUCGAUGGCUGCGAGCUCAUGUGCUGUGGGCGGGGCUUCCACACAGAGGAGGUGGAGGUGGUGGACAGAUGCAGCUGUAAAUUCCACUGGUGCUGCUACGUCAAGUGCAAACAGUGCCGCAAAAUGGUGGAGAUGCACACGUGUCGGUGAUCCACCGUGUCGGCCCCACGGAACUUUCUGGAAAGACUUUACUGCCCCCUCGCCGCCCAACUACCUGGGGAAACCAGGAGAACCCAAGCAAAGACACAAAUAAUCCCUCUCACUACACACGUUUAUGAAAAAACAUGUCAUACACGGGACAUAUAAGUGUAGGGGCAAAUACAGAUCUCUCUUUUUAUUUCAAGUCCCACUUGAGAGUAUUUUUCUCUCCAUGUUUUCAGUUUUCUUUCCUAUUCAUUUUAUU